CUACAGGGUCGAAUAAGGGGCCACAGCACAUAGAAUUGGGGCCCCAUGCAUCCAGACCACUACAUAGGGGCCCCACAGUCCAAUCCAGAUACAGUAGAACAGUCACCAUGACAUCACUGCACACCGUAUACACUGUAUAUACCCGUGUGCACAUACAUGACAGCUGUGCAGAGAGAACAGACAUGCGCACAUACACAUAUAUAUACGGUAUAGAUAUCUAUAUACACACAGAUCCCGCAUGCACCCCCCGCCACCCAGGACAUGUUAUGGAGAUGAUGGCCGCCAUGGUUCCGCAGCAUUCCGGGCUCUGCCCCCUCCACACAUGAGCGGACACGGACGGCACGUACACACGGAUGAGGGUCUGUGUAUGUAUCCGAUCUCCUCCUCUCUUAGACUCGGGGCUCUGCUAAUAGUAGGAUUUACUGCUGUGUUUUAUAUGACCGCUCCGCUGCUGAGGACUAUAGGACUGCGAGCGUUCUCAAUGGCGACAGAAGCUUAUAAAUCGGGAACUGUAUCCGCUGCCUACGUCACCUGUCCUGAUGUCACUGUGGCCAAACAAAUAGCCAGGGGCCUGGUGGAGCGGAAGCUGGCGGCCUGUGUGAAUAUCAUCCCAAAGAUCAUCUCCAUAUAUGAGUGGAAGGGGAAAAUGGAGGAGGAUGAUGAGACAUUGCUGAUGAUUAAGACCAGAUCCUCCAAGGUUCCUGCUCUAACAGAAUAUGUCAGGUCAGUUCAUCCGUAUGAAGUGUGUGAGGUGAUCAGCGUCCCCAUAGAGCAGGGGAACGCUCCUUAUCUGACCUGGGUUACGGACACCGUCCCGGAGUGAGACCCUGCACUGCUGUCAGCACCGGGACUACCAGAUUGGAAGAGGAAAAAAAAGAUUAGAAAUAAAUAAAAACUUGUUUUUGUAAA